AUAUCCACACUUCUUUUCCUCUCGUCUGUCCCCUUUGAACAACAACUAUAUCUUAUUUAUUAUUCUUCUCUUAAUAUCAACGCAGAAGCAACCCACUUUUUUGUCAACCACCAAAACCAAAACUCCAUCAAAAACUUUGAUCCGAUCCAUUAUCAAAAAUGAUGCACAUGACCUUUUACUGGAGUCGAAACGUGACUCUUCUUUUCGAUUCAUGGAAAACCAAUUCAUGGUUAUCUUAUAUUCUUUCUUUAGCCAUUUGUAUCAUAUUUUCAAUCUUUUAUCAAUACAUGGAAGACAAACGUGUUCGUUUCAAAUUACUCGCCUCAACAAAAACCAAAACUGAUUCACCAUCUGAUACAACCACAAGUCCAUUAUUGCUGAAUAAAAAAAUAAAAAUUGGAGGUGGGUGUGGUGAGAGAUUAAUGGGGUCUGUUUUAUUUGGGGUGAAUUCAGCAAUUGGGUAUUUUCUUAUGCUUUCGAUUAUGUCUUUUAAUGGUGGUGUUUUUGUUGCGAUUGUUGUUGGUUUGUCUGUUGGGUAUUUCUUGUUUAGGAGUGGUGGUGAGAUUGAUGACCAAGUUGUUGAUAAUCCUUGUGCUUGUGCUUGAUUUGUAUGAUUUUGGAUCUUUGAUUUGUAUUGUGACCCAUAUUGUUAUAUUUUAUAGGAUUAUUACUGUAUCAUGUUUGAAAGAAUACUAAAUACUCUCUGUAUUAAGUUUCAA